UCAGAGCUCUCCAGGGGCUCUCCAACACAGAGCCAGUCCACACGCUCCUCCAAACUUUACGCACGGAUGUACUCCUGUGGAAGUAUUUUACUCUGGAUUUUAAUGUGUUUCAGCUGAGCUGUAUUGUUCCAGAUAUCGUUUCUACCGAUUGGAAGCAGUCCCAGACUUUGCAUAGCUUUGAAAUCUGAACUUUUUUUUGAAACUUUCUACAAGUUUUUAAAUUGUUUUUAUGUGAUUCGCCUCAUUCCAGCAGACAGAUGCACUAAAUCUUAGAAAAAAUGACCGUCUUAUUAAAGUGCCUAGUCUUGGCGCUCUGUGUCGGCGCGCACAGGCUCUUGGCAGUCCCCCGAGCUGAGGAGGAUGAUGGAUCCGGUGACAGCGCCUCGACCCUGGCCUUUGUGUUCGAUGUUACCGGCUCCAUGUACGACGAUCUGAAACAGGUGAUAGAGGGCGCCUCACGGAUCUUGGAGAAGACUCUCAGCCGGAGGACCAGACCCAUUAAAAACUUUGUCCUGGUCCCCUUCCAUGACCCAGAUAUCGGCCCCGUGUCCAUCACCACCGACCCAACGAAGUUCCAGCAGGAUCUGCAAGAGCUGUUUGUCCAGGGUGGGGGUGACUGCCCUGAGAUGAGCAUAGGAGCCAUAAAGAAAGCCUUGGAAGUUUCUCUGCCUGGAUCCUUCAUCUACGUGUUCACUGACGCCAGAGCCAAAGACUACCGCCUGAAAAGAGAUGUUCUGCAGCUGGUGCAGCUCCGUCAAUCACAGGUGGUAUUUGUGCUGACCGGGGACUGUGGCGACCGCUCUCAGCCUGGCUACAGGGCCUACGAGGAGAUCGCUGCCACCUCCUCUGGACAAAUCUUUCACUUGGACAAGCAACAGGUUAACGAGGUUUUAAAGUGGGUAGAGGAGACAGUGCAGGCCCUGAAGGUCCACCUGCUUUCCUCCAACCAUGACAGUGCCCAGGAAAACAAGUGGGAAGUGCCCUUUGACCCCAGCCUUCGCGAGGUCACUGUGUCACUUAGCGGACCAGCACCGCAAAUUGAGCUCAGCGAUCCAUUCGGUCGCGUAGUGGGUGUAGAGCAGGGCCUGAAAGAACUGUUGAACAUUCCCAACUCCGCCCGUGUCGUCAACCUGAAGUUUCCCAGACCUGGGGCUUGGAAACUGAAGGUGAGUUGCAGUGGCCGCCAUACGCUGAGGGUCACAGGAGUCAGCAACCUAGACUUCCGAGCUGGCUUUUCCAGUGUACCAGUUUCAGAGUUCAAUCACACCAGAGAGAGGCCAAUAAAAGGACUUCCAGCCCACGUUUUGCUGAAAUGUACAGGCCUGAAGCCUCCAGGUCAGCUCAGCCAUGUGGAGCUCAUGUCAGGCUCAGGCCGCUCCCUACGCACCAUCCCCGCGCCUCUGCCCUCUGACCUCGGCCAACAAGGACUGUGGAGUCUACCAGAGUUCCGCACUCCCUCCCAGAGCUUCUUCAUCAAGGUGACAGGCAAAGACGAGGAGGGCUACCGAUUCCAGAGGCUGUCCAGUGUCUCCUACACAAACAUCGUUCCAGAUCCCCCAGCCGUGAGCAUGCCUGAAGUGGUGAAGGGCUUCUACAUGCAGCCUGCUGUGAUCGGCUGCACGGUGGAAAGUGACAUCCCAUACAGGCUAAGAUUUACCAGAAGUGGGAUUUCACUUGGAGAGGAGAAGUUCUUUCAGAAUUCUGCCAUAGCAUCAUGGGAGAUUGCCCACGCGUCAGCUGAGGAUGAAGGCCUGUAUGAGUGCAUAGCGCAGAGCAGCGCAGGACAGGGACGUGCCUUAACACACUUGACUGUUCGAGAGCCUCCUCCGGUCCUGAAGCCUGCAGUGAAUGUGACUUCCUCUGUGGGAGUCGUGGCUGUGCUGUCCUGCCAGGUGGAAGGCUCCAUGCGCCACAACUUGACCUGGUACAGAGCGGGUCGUAUCAUCCGGGCCCGGGCGGGGAGGGUGAGGCUGCUGUCCGACUCGUCCCUGCAGAUCAGUGGGGUGCGGACUCAGGAUGCUGGGGAGUACCGCUGUGUGGCGACCAAUGCUCACGGAGAGAGCAGAAUCAACGUGUGGCUCCUCGUCCCAGAGGCUCCUUCUGUGGUAGUUCACCCCCAGGGCCAGGCUUUCUCCAGAGGGGACGAGAUCCGCCUCGUCUGCUCGGCGUCCGGCUCCCCUCCUCCCCAGCUCUUCUGGAGCCAUGGAAACAUGUUCCUCACUAAUCGGCCGAGGCUAAGUCUACACCAACAUGGAGUUCUGACCAUUAGAGGGGCCCUCCCAGAGGAUGCUGGGAACUAUACAUGUUUGGCCACCAAUGAGGCUGGGAGUGCCUCUCAGUCUGUGUCACUUACUUUUGCAGAGGUUCCUAGAAUAACAGUGGCACAGCAAAUCGUACUUGUAUCUGUUGGUGGUGAUGCGACUCUGGAGUGUCAGGCCACAGGCAUCCCCCCUCCCCUUGUUCACUGGUUCAAAGGUGAGCUUGAGGUUGGCUCUGCUCCUUUCGUCGAGCAGGAUGUACACCGCGGGACCCUUCACAUUCGAGGGGUGCAGGAGGUCGAUGCCGGUCAGUACAGCUGUGUGGCUAGCAGCUCUGCCGGAACCUCCGCUGGUACUGUCACUCUGGAGGUUGGAGCGGGCCCAUUGUUCUCGGAGGCACCAACUGACACGACAGCUAACGUAGGGGAGAACAUCACCCUCCCCUGCGUUGCCCGAGGUUUCCCGCAGCCUACGGUGACCUGGCGCAGACAGGACGGCAGACAGAUUCUUACAAGGACAGACAGCCACAGUAGAACAAUGCAGCUAGAGAGCGGACAUCUUCUAAUCCAGAGUGUCUGGCUGGAUGAUGAAGGGCUGUACAUCUGCGAGGCCAAGAACCAGUUUGGAACCAUUACAAUGGAGGCCAGAGUUAGUGUCACUGGACUGGAGCCCCCUCUCCUGGCCCAAGGUGCCCCACUCAUCACUACUGGCAUUGGUCAGUCCCUGAGUAUCCCAUGCAUGCUGCUGGAUGGAAUACCUCUUCCAGAAAGACACUGGUACCAAAAUGGAAAACCUGUUCAGUUGAAUGGGAGGAUGUUUGUGAGGAGUGAUGGCAGUUUGUACAUUGAAAGAGCCACCCCAGAGGAUGCUGGGACAUAUGUCUGCACUGCAGUGAAUGUAGCAGGCUCCAUGAACAUCACAGUCAGCCUGGAGGUCCAUGUGCCCCCUGAGAUCAACGCCGGUCCGUACCACUACAUAGCUAACGAAGGCGUAGCCAUCACACUAUCAUGUGAGGCCAGUGGAGUUCCCAAGCCAAAUAUUGUCUGGUCCAAGGGGAGGCAGCCUCUGCCAAGGGACCACUCCUCUCUGCGGUCUGACCCUGAUGGAUACCUCCACAUCCCCCACCCCACCACUGACGAUGCAGGCAUCUACAUCUGCACCGCCACCAGUCCUGUGGGCUACGCAAGCCGAGAAAUCCAGCUCAGUGUCAACACCACACCUAAGAUAGUGGGUGUGAGUGGCCAUGACAACAUAGUGAAGAUGGCUGCAGAAGUGGGGACAGAGAUUGUUCUCCCAUGUGAGGCCCAGGGGAGUCCCUCUCCACUAGUCACAUGGAGCAGAAAUGGGCAUCCCAUCCCCCCCGUCACAGCUGGGUUCACUGUUUUGCCUUCAGGCUCUCUGAGGAUCACUGAUGUGCGCCUGAUUGAUAGUAAACUGUACACUUGCACUGCAGAAAACCCAGCAGGAAACGUGUCCCUAAGCUACAAUUUACACAUUCAAGCUAAGCCCAGAAUUCAGCCAGCACCCUCUCUCCUGAAAGCCCUGAUUGGCCAAAGGGUGACUCUGCCAUGUGUGGUCCAGGGAGAGCCAAGCCCUGAGGUCAGUUGGUUUCACAAUGGACUUCCUGUUGGGGUCAAGAACACCACACCCCUCAGGAUUCAGCAGGUUGGCCUGGCUAACCAGGGCACUUACCAGUGUGUGGCCAGAAACAGCGCUGGACAGGAGACUUUGGAGAUCAAGCUGGAAGUUCUUGAGGCCCCGUCCUUUGCCGAACCUGGAGAUGCCAUCAUGGAGAAAGUAGCAAACAGCAAGGUCAUCAUCCCUUGCCCUGCUGAAGGUUCACCUCAUCCCAAGGUGCGCUGGUUCAAGAACGGCCUGGAGAUACACCCCGAACAAUCAGAGCUUUCUGUGGCGAGGGAUGGAGCUCUCAUAAUUAGCACAGCGUCUGCCAGCCACAGCGGGGACUUCAAGUGUGUGGCAACCAAUGAGGCAGGCUCUGUGGAGAGAAAGACAAGGCUGAAAGUGAAUGUUCCCCCAGAGAUCCAAGAUGAUGGGCAGCCACUGAACCUCACUGUCACCUUGAAGCAGCCUCUCACUCUGGGCUGUGAUGCUUUUGGGAUCCCCUCCCCAACAAUCACCUGGACUAAAGAUGGUCAUCCUGUGGACAGUCCUGGGGUCUAUCUGCAGAACGGGAACAGGCUGCUGAGAAUGUACAGAGUUCAGCCAGAACAUGCAGGAAGAUUUGCAUGCACAGCUCAAAACUCAGCUGGGGAGGCCCGCAGAGAAUAUCACAUUGUGGUGCAAGCUCCGCCAGUGAUCUCAGGAACAUCCCGACUGCAGGAAUUAACUGCGGAACUGGGCCAGGAGGUGGAGUUUCAGUGUCGCGUUAGUGGACGACCAGCACCCAGAGUGGAAUGGAGCCGCGAUGGAGAGGUUCUGUCCCGUGAUGGAGACCCACAUGUGGAGUUUCUGGAAGAUGGCCAGGUGCUGAAGGUGAAGUCAGUGAGACUGAGGGACCAGGGGCUUUACCAGUGUCUGGCCAGAAACAACGCAGGAACUCAGAUGCGCCAGUUCAGACUCACAGUGCAAGCUCCCCCCACCAUCAAGGGCCCAAAUGAGACCUCAGAGGUGUCAGUGGUGCUGGGUUUCCCCACAGUCCUCCCCUGUGAUGUUGAGGGCUCACCCACACCCAGCAUCACCUGGCUAAAGGACAACCAGCCUAUCGUGUCCAGCCCCCAGUCGACAUACACCCGUGGCGGGCAGGCGCUGCGACUGGGUUCAGCGCAGGGAGACAGCACUGGCCUCUACACAUGCAGAGCCACGAAUCCAGCCGGCACCGCCAUCAAACACUAUUCCCUGAGCGUUCUAGUUCCACCACAGAUAGAAGGCGACCCUAUGUCCUUAACGUUUGGUGGUAAGGAAGAGAAAGUACGGAUCAAUGGGACUUUGACUCUCUCCUGCCUGACCAAAGGUUUCCCUGAACCCAAGGUUAAUUGGUUCAAAGAUGGACAGUUGCUGACUGGAACCUUCCAUGCCGGCAUUCAGGAGAGUGGCCACGUCCUCGUCAUAGAGAACGCAAUGCUGUCCCAUGAGGGACAGUACACCUGCGUGGUCACCAACUCUGCAGGAGAGGACAAGAGAGACUUUCAUGUCACCAUUCAGGUUCCUCCAAUCUUUCACGGGGUGACAAAUAGAGAAGCAUCCUGGGGUCUAGGACACGAGGGUGAUGAUAACGAGGACAUGAUAGAGAAGAGGGAGGUGGUCCUGGGCCAUCCAAUCAGCCUGUCCUGUGAGAGUAAUGCCAUCCCUCCUCCCAAGCUCAGCUGGUACAAAGAUGGACGGAAACUCACGUCUGCCGAUGGAGUGGUGCUGCUUCCAGGUGGACAGGUGCUACAAAUCGCCCGAGUGCAAAAAGAAGAUGCUGGAAGGUAUACAUGUCAGGCUGUUAAUGAGGCUGGAGAGGACCGCAUGCACUUUGAGCUGGAGAUCCUAAUCCCGCCUGUGAUCAUGGGAGCAUCUGAGGAGUUUAUGGAGGAAAUGGGAGCAGUGGUCAACAGCUCUGUGGUCCUUCACUGCGAUGUGACCGGGCACCCUGCUCCAGUCAUCUCCUGGCUGAGAGACGGGCAGCCGGUGCACACAGACACACAGCACCACAUCAGUGAGGAUGGGACUCAGCUGCAGCUCCUCAGUGUCCAGGUGUCAGACAUGGCUGGGUAUUUGUGUGUGGCUGAGAACAAGGUUGGAACAGUUGAGAAGCUCUUUAGUCUGACAGUGCAAGUGCCUCCAAAAAUAAUUGGCGUGAAGGAGGAAGAGGUUAGUGUAAUUGAAGGCCACAUGGUGUCGAUGCUGUGUGACGUCCAGGCGUACCCUCCUCCAGAGAUCACCUGGACCAGAGAUGGGCAGAUCCUCCACUUCAGCACGGGCAUCCACAUUCUACCAGGUGGCCAGAUGCUACAGUUGCCCCGGGCAAAGCUGGAAGAUGCAGGGCAAUAUGUAUGCACAGCCACCAACUCAGCCGGCCAAGACCAGAAGAGUAUUGUCCUCAGUGUUUAUGUCCUGCCCACCCUGAAGCCUCGUCUGGAUGCUGAGUCAGACUUGGUCACCCCGCAAGUUGGCUCCUCGGUCACACUCAGAUGUGAAGCACACGGUGUUCCUGAGCCCGAGGUCACGUGGUACAAGAAUGGGCUGCAACUGGCCGCAGGGAACGGGCUAAAGAUGGAUCCUCAUCAGCUGGAGAUCAUAGGAGUUCAGAUGGCAGAUGGUGGCACUUACACCUGCAAAGUAUCCAAUGUGGCUGGACAGGUGGACAGGACAUUCAGACUGACUGUUCAUGUUCCACCUGUCCUGGACGGGCCUCUGCACGAGUCCCUAAACUACACCCUUGGCUCACAUGUGGCUCUGCUGUGUGAGGCCUCGGGGGUCCCUGUGCCCAGCAUCACUUGGCUCAAGGAUGGAACUCCUAUUGAGAGCAGUCUGCAGUGGCAGUGGUCCGUUCGCGGGAACAGGUUGGAGCUGGGGCCCCUCACUCUUUCUCAUAGUGGCACAUACACCUGUGUGGCCAAGAACGGCGAGGGACACACACAGAAAGACUACACACUCACAGUGCAGGUAUCGCCUACGAUCCUGGACUCUGAACACCCAUCUGAUGUGAGUGCACCCUUGGGAGAGGAGCUGACCCUGGAGUGCAGAGCAACUGGAAUCCCCACACCACGCCUCAGCUGGCUGAAAGAUGGAGUGACUUUAGAGGGAUCAGACGCCCGUCACAUCGCUGUGACCCCUGAUGGCAGCACGCUAACAUUACUGAGGCUGAGUCCCGAGGAUUCUGGGACAUACACCUGUUUGGCUGCCAGCCCAGCUGGACAGGAGAGCAAAAUCUAUACCCUCUUCGUCCUAGUCCCACCAUCCAUCUCUGGUGAGACAACUGCCCCCAGAGAGGUGCAGGUGACACAGGACAGUGUUGUGACUCUGGAGUGUCAGACGACAGGAAACCCUCCACCUCAGAUCAGCUGGCUGAGGAACGGGCGACCUCUGCUUCUCUCUCCUCGCACACGGCUCCUAUCUGGUGACUCUGUGCUGAGGAUUUCUCCUGUGCAGCUGUCUGACUCUGGACUUUACACAUGCGUGGCGCGCAGUCGGGCAGGUCUUGCUGAGCUCAGCUAUGAUGUCCAGGUCCAAGUGCCCCCUGGUGUGGAUCAUGUUGAACCAGUGGAGCCAGUCACAGUAGUCCAGGGGUCCUUGGUGACAUUAACUUGCGAAGCACGUGGCAUACCCCCUCCAACACUGACUUGGAUGAAAGACGGCCAGCCACUGUCCCUUCACCGCAACCUGCUGCUGGAUGGACAGGAGACACGGCUGCAGCUGCCUGACGUGGCGCCUUCAGAUGCAGGCCUCUACAGCUGUGUGGCUAGUAAUCAGGCUGGAAGCAGCACAAAGAGCUUUAACCUCACUGUACUCGAGCCUCCAAAGAUAUCCAGCUCCAGCUCUCCAGAGGAGCUGACCAUAGCAGUGAAUAGUCCACUGGAGCUGGAGUGCUUUGCUGUGGGGGUCCCACCUCCCACCCUCAGCUGGCUCAAAGAUGGUCGCCCAUUAGAAGGAACUGACAUUGUCCAGCAGGAUGGGCACUUUAUCAGGAUUAGCAAAGUUCAGGUCGAGGAUGCAGGUCUGUACACCUGCUUGGCCAGCAGCCUGGCUGGAGAGGAUGGGAAAAACCACUGGGUCCGAGUCCAAGUCCCACCAACCCUCCUUGGCUCUGGUGAUGUGAGGACAGUGACAGUACCAGCUAAUGGACAUCUGACCUUGGAGUGCCUGGCUGACAGUGACCCCCCUCCUGAUAUAGAGUGGUACAAGGAUGAGGCCAAACUGCAGCUGGGUAGUCGUAUCCAGCGGCUGGCUGGCGGUCAGUACCUGGAGAUACAGGAAGUCAGGCCUGAGGACAGCGGCCAGUACAACUGCGUGGUCACCAACAUGGCUGGAAGCACCAGUCUGUUUUUCACAGUGGAGAUUCUCUUACCACCUGUAAUAAAGGAGAGCAGCUCAGUGGUGACCGCACAUGUCGGCCAAGAUGCAGUUUUACCUUGUGAGGUUGAAGGUGACUCUUCAGCGACAGUCAUGUGGAGGAAAGAUGGCUUCCCUGUAACUCAAGAUAACAAAAAGUUCACCAUGUUGUCAGAGGGCUCCUUGCGUGUACAUGGGGUUCAGCUGAAUGAUGCUGGUCGCUACUACUGCACUGUGUCCAACCAGGCUGGCUCAGAUCACAGAGGAGUGGAUCUACGAGUGUUUGUGGGUCCUUCAAUUAGUCCGGGUCUCUUCAAUGUGACAGUAACCACAGGGAUUAGAGCUGUGCUGAGCUGUGAGACGACAGGUAUACCCCCACCUACAGUAUCCUGGAAGAGGAAUGGCACGCCACUCGAUAUCAGCCAGCAGCCUGGUGCAUACAGGUUACUGUCCUCUGGGUCCCUGGUCCUUUUAACACCGUCCACUGAGGAUGAAGGUUACUUUGAGUGCACUGCUGUUAAUGAUGUAGGAGAGGAGCGCAGGGUCAUUGAGGUCAUCCUGCAAGUCCCACCGUCUAUUGAAGAUGAUGUCACGACGGUCACAGCUGUGAAAAUGUCUCCUGUGGUGUUGCCUUGUCACGUACAAGGACGCCCUGAGCCCACUGUCACCUGGACCAAGGGUGGAGCCAAACUGGGUGCCAGAGGAGGAAGUUAUCGUGUCCUUCCCACUGGAGUGUUGGAGAUAACUGCUGUUUUGCCAAGCCAUGCUGGCAGGUACACAUGCUCAGCCCGCAACCCAGCUGGAGUGGCUCACAAACACAUCUCUCUCUCUGUGCAAGAGCCCCCAGAGAUUAGGCCAAUGGCAGAGGAGGUACAAGUGGUGUUGCAUCAUGGGACCAUUCUGCCUUGUGAGGUUCAAGGAUUUCCCAGACCGUCCAUAACCUGGCAAAGAGAGGGAGUUCCUAUAGCAACAGGUCACAGGCUUGCUGUUCUUUCAAAUGGAGCUCUGAAGUUUUCUCGUGUGACGCUGGGUGAUGCAGGGACCUAUCAGUGCCUGGCAAAGAGUGAUGCUGGUGUGGCUGUGGGUAGGACCAAGCUAGUCCUCCAAGUUCCACCCGUGCUGAGCGUGCCUCGUGUAGAGUACUCUGCAGUGCUUGGCCAGCCAGUCAGUCUGGAGUGUGCGGCUGACGGACAGCCUCAACCUGAAGUAACUUGGCACAAGGAGAGGAGGCCUGUGGUUGACGGCGCUCAUAUACAUAUCUUUGCCAAUGGAACCUUGGCAAUAAUUUCUACCCAACGCAGUGAUGCAGGCCUCUACACAUGUACUGCCAAAAAUCUCGCCGGCAGAGCCAGCCACGACAUGAGGCUGGUUAUUCAAGUGCCACCCAUGAUUCCUCCUGCUCAGACAGACCUGUCAGUCAUUCAAGGAUUUCAGGCACUGCUGCCGUGUGCUGCUCAGGGCUCACCAGAGCCCAGAGUCACAUGGGAGAAGGAUGGGGCCGUUGUGCCCAACCUUCCAGGCAAAUUCACUGUCCUGAGAUCAGGAGAGCUGAUCAUCGAGAGGGCUGAGCCAGGGGAUGCUGGCAUGUUUACAUGCGUAGCCACUAAUGCAGCAGGCUCUGCAAGACAAGACAUUCGCCUGUCCAUCAACAUGAGGCCUGCCUUCAAGGAGCUGCCAGGUGAUGUAACCCUGAACAAAGGGCAGAGUCUGGCCUUGUCUUGCCACGCUCAGGGGACACCUUCUCCUGUCAUCUCCUGGACUGUCAACAACAGUCCUUACUCAGGUUCCACUAUUGAUGAGGCUGGCAGGAGCUCCGUGCUCAUUGACAACGUAACCACGAGUGACGCAGGGACCUACGUGUGCAUAGCAGAAAACAGCGUGGGGUCCAUCCGAGCGCUCUCAUUUGUCCGUAUCAGAGAGCCUCCCGUGUUGAAGGGUGAAGCCCACAUGUCUCAGACGGUCAUCCAGGGUGGCUCUGCUAUGCUCGACUGUCCAGUCCAUGGAGACCCCAGCCCAGUCCUCCGCUGGCUCCGGGAUGGAAAACCACUGCUCCGCUCCCUCAGGAUGCAAGCACUUCACAAUGGAUCUCUGGUCAUUUACAGCAUCAGUGCUGCAGAUGAAGGGGAGUACCAGUGUGUUGCUGAGAGUGAGGCUGGAACAGCUGAAAGGACCAUUGCUCUCAAAGUUCAGAUCAAUGGAGGCUACUCGACCUGGGAGGAAUGGGGUCCAUGCAGUAGCACCUGUGGACAAGGCUUUCAAGAACGAAUCAGGCUGUGCAACAACCCGGAACCAGCCAAUGGUGGUCGAUCAUGCAGCGGUCCCAGUAUCGACUCUAGGAAAUGUCAAGCUGGUCUCUGUCCAGGAGAAACUCCCCGCAAGACCAGAGGCAGCCUGAUAGGCAUGGUGAACGAGAGAGAGUUUGGCGUGUCCUACCUAGAGGCCAACAUCACAGACAGUGUUGAGGAUGGGAGCAGCACUAUGCAGGCACGCCUGGACAACAUCCCUCCCAGUGUGGGUCCCUUGUUGCGGGUGUUGGUGUCUGCUUUUGCUCCCAUCUACUGGACCACUGUGCUACAGAGUGGAGACACCAGAAACGGCUACUCCUUCACUGAGGGCCAGUUUAGACAGGAGUCUCAGCUGGAGUUUGAGACUGGGGAGAUCCUCCGUUUGACCCAUGUUGCCAGAGGUCUGGAUUCAGAGGGAGUUUUACUGAUUGACAUUGUAAUUAACGGAUUUGUACCUCCUUCAUUAACAUCAUCUCAUCUGACCCUACAGGAGUUUGAUGAGUCAUAUGUGCAGACGGGCCAGGGGCAGCUGUACUCGUGGUCAUCACAGACCCACCAGAGAGGAGGAAACCCCAUGGUGCUGCGCUGUAAUCACACCAUUAUUUAUGAGGGCCAGGAGGAGCGCCAGGGCCCUCUGCUCCAGCUGCUCAAGGUCUCCGGGUUGAACAGCGUGUACAACAUGUUUACUCUCACUUUGGACUUCCAUAUCACUGCCAAUCUUCUCAUACCAGAUGGUUAUGGAGACACAUGCCCAAAAGGUUUCGUUCUUGACACAGCCUCCUACUGUGCUGAUGAAGACGAGUGUGCGCUCCAGUCUCCCUGUUCUCACUCAUGCAACAACAUCAUGGGAGGCUUUUCCUGUGCCUGUCCCUCUGGCUUCACCAUCUCUACAGAGACCAACACAUGCCAAGAUAUUGAUGAGUGUUCCCAGGGCUCACACAUGUGCCACUACAACCAGCAGUGUGUCAACACAGUGGGCACAUAUCGCUGCCAGGCCAAGUGUGGACCAGGAUUUAAGCCCAGCAUCACAGGAACCAGCUGUGAAGAUGUGGAUGAGUGCCAAGAGUCUGCUCUCUCCCCAUGCCAGCAUCAGUGUCUCAAUUCCCUGGGCUCCUUCCGCUGUCUCUGUCACCCUGGAUACCAGCUAUCAGGACAUCGUUGCAUUGACAUCAAUGAGUGCAUGAGAAACGUCUGCCCGGCUCACAAGGAGUGCCGCAACACAGAGGGAGGAUACCAGUGUUUCGACAGCUGCCCAGCUGGCAUGACCAAAUCAGAGAACGGAGCCUGCAUGGAUAUUGAUGAGUGCCAGGAUGGAAGUCACAUGUGUCGCUACACCCAGAUCUGUCAAAACACAAUCGGAGGUUACGGAUGUGUGUGUCCCAGAGGUUACCGAUCUCAGGGAGUGGGCCUGCCAUGUCUGGACAUCGACGAGUGCCAGCAGACGCCAAACCCUUGUGCCUACCAGUGCCGCAAUGUGCCUGGCAGCUUUAGAUGCCUGUGCCCUCCUGGCACUGUGCUGCUUGGAGACGGGCGCUCCUGUGCGGGGCUGGAGAGACGGCAGACCUUCACCAACGGUACCAGAGUCAGGGCAAGGCUCCGCCCACAGCUGGUGUCGUCUCUCGGCAGGCCGAUCCUCUCCCGUACUCACGGAGUAUCUCGCACCACCAGACAGAGCUGUCCUGUGGGGUACACCAACAGAGACGGCACAUGUGUUGAUGUAGAUGAGUGUCUGUUCAGGAAGCCAUGUCAACACGAGUGCAGAAACACCAUUGGCAGUUUCCAGUGCUCAUGUCCCCCUGGUUAUCAGCUCUUACCCAAUGGCAGGAGCUGUAAAGACAUCGAUGAAUGUGUGGAACAAGGUAUCCAGUGUGGACACAAUCAGAUGUGUUUUAAUACCAGAGGGGGAUACCAGUGCCUGGAUACACCCUGCCCUGCAUCCUAUCAGACUGGACGAAGCCCUGGGACGUGCUACAGGCCUUGCUCUCUGGACUGUGCCACGGGAGGCUCUCCUCUGCUCUUACAGUACAAACUGCUCACACUCCCCUCUGGCAUUCCAGCCAGUCACAAUGUGGUACGACUGUCAGCUUUCUCUGAGUCAGGCGUCCUGCAAGAGCGUACAUCUUUUACCAUACUUGAGCAGGAAUCAGUGACGGGUGCACUGGGCCGAAUGUUUGGCAUCAGAGACGAGGCAGGCAGGGGGAUCAUCUUCACCCUGAGAGCUCUUAACAGACCAGGACUAGUGCGCCUCAAGGUGCAGGCCACCACCAUCUCGCUGCAGGGCCGCAUUACCUACCAGAGCAUCUUCAUCAUCUACAUCUCCAUCUCAACGUACCCCUACUGAGCCUCUAUGCUGCUUUACAAAUGACUUUGCUGCCCAGUGGCCUCUGGAUGCCUCUUACUCACAAGGCAACUGCCCCAAAACCCUGUGCCUUGGACACAUUAGGCCAUGCAAAUAAGCUCUAAUAUACAAGAGAGGGUGGACAUGGUUAGUAAGUGGAUCGCUUGAAGAUACGUACCCCCCUCUGUGACUGAAAUGUCAAAGUGGGAAAAGUCCUGUAAGAGAAAAGACCUUUUUUCCCCAAAUGCUGAUUAGAUUUUGUUGAAUUAAAGUGGAAACAGACAACACCCCCAUGUUUCCAAGUAUUAUUGGUGCCUGUGCUGCUGUCACAAAGACAACUAGAUUGCUUUCUGUUUUCUCAGAGUCUAAUAACUUCCAACGACACAAGAGACACUGCAUUUUGUUUUCCCACAGUUACUUUGGUAUUUCCAUUGUCCGCCAUUUCCGCUACUGAGAACAGUAGCUGCAAAGAUACUCACUGGGGAAAUCACUGAUAGCUACCAGGGAAAACAAAAGUGCUAUCUUCUUCUUGUUUUGGUUGCACAAUCGAGAAGGUAUAACUGCAGCUGAAGCAGCUACAUGACCCACCCCAUCUACAUGUCAGUCCACAAUCAGCCCCUUUGCUCUUUGGCCUGGAAGCGGAAGACCUAACAAUUUGCUAAGUUAGCGAUUGGCUAGCUAUGAAGUAUUACUUAAAAAAAAAAAAAGAAAAAAAGAGGCGGCUGAGGUUAGGGUAAGGGGAGGGAUUGCAUCUCCUUACUUAUAAAGUAAAUCACGUUUUCAUGUGUUGUGGAUAAUUGCUGCAUUUAGUCUCAUGUAUUCAUUACAGUGUAGUGGGCGUGGCUUGUAGGGGGCGUGUAGGGGUGUGUCAUGUACGCUGUAAACGAAAUGUGUCUGCAGCUAUACAUGUCUCUGCAAUGGAGCCGUAAAUUGAGUCUUCGUUUUUCAGGAGAUUGUACCCUGUGUCAGACAGGACCGCAAAGUGAAAAAGAGGCUAACAGGGAACCAACCUAAACACACAUGGUGUCAUUGUUCCAUAGGCAUUACGUUGUGCAAUCAACAUUUACUUCAUAAUUAAAGCAAAAAACUUGUCUGUUUCCACUUUAAGCAGAACCUACUCUGGUGAAAAAAAUCUGAACUGACGAACAUGCUGGAUGAACAAUUAUUUUGUUCAUUUAUUUACUAUUCGGGGAAAAUCUUUCUAAUCAAUAUCUGAAAAUGCAGAAUGGAAAAAAAUGUAAUGUCAAUCAAGCACUGAAGUUAUUUUGUAUCCAUCAGGAACUACCACAACUUUUUUUAUGUUCUGCUAUCUAUCAUUGUUUGUUUAAAUUUCUAUCUAAUUCUGGGACAGAUUUAUUCUCAUAUGAAAAUAUGUUUGCAGCCCACACUUGAAAAUAUAAGUCUUUCAACAGUUAUGAAACUGUACAAUGUUUUCCCUACUAUUUUAAUUUAUUUAAGUCAUUUGAACAUAUGAAUGGUUCAAACAACCUCCAGUCCUAGAAGGUUUGAAUUAAUAAGGAUCUACUAGCUUUGUGAUGACAAACCUUCAAUGGCACACUGUAACAAUGGCUUAUAGCUAGCGACAUUGUUUCAUCUAUCGUCUGUGUUUUUAUACUCUUUUUAUAACACUUUUUAUCACGUUUAAAGUUUAAAGGUGCUAAUCUGAAUGUACUUGAGUAUUUUAAAUACUCACCACAGAGUUGGACUGCACUUCCAGUUUCUGCAGUGUGACAUUAGCUACACAAUGGCAUGUUUUUCCUGCAUUCAUGACACAUUUUAAUACUCAUUUCAACAAAAAGUUGGUGUUCAGUAAUCAAACAUGUGUCAUUAAUGUACAAAUCUGAGAAGGGAAAUUAUAUUACAACUAUAAAAUGCCACAAAUUGCAGUAAAAAUGUUUGCUCUACUCCUGCAGAUUAAACACACGUUUCCUUGUUGCUGUAAAUGAGUGUCAAAUAUUUGUAGAAAUAAAAUGGACAACACUUUUGUUAUUGUCUGUUAUUACCAUAGCAUAGCAUAGCCUCAGUCAAGCUUGAUCCUAUCCUGCCAUAGACUCUAGAUUAACAUUUUAUAAAUGGCAUGUUGCAGCUGACAAAGAAAACUGCUGCAGACAGUUAUUAAUCGAGAGAGGAGCUGAUGCACAACAACUCAGGAAAAGCAAUUUGGCCAUCAAGUUAAUAAAUGAUGCAUUAACCCUGAGAACUGACAAUCUGGCUUUUAGAUCAUUUCUCCUCUGCCCUACUCUGACCCCAACCCUCAGUUAACCUUAAAUCAUUUCCUUCCUACUCUGUUCUGAGAACGCAGUAAAGUGGUUGAUGGUGUUGUCUCUCUGACCUGUGUCUUGUCAAUCAGUCUUUGUAGUUAAAUGUAUAAAAUGUUCAGUGUUUGAAAUAGCUGUUUGCUCACUCAAAAGUGCUUAGCAUCAAAGCCAAAAGCAGACUGACUUCUGAUCUUAUAAUGCGCUUAAAAAUAAAGAUUUUGACAUUUACAUUGAUACAAUGCCAGAAAGUCAUAUCACCAGUUGGCUUGUUUACUUUGGAAACAUCUGUAGUACAUGGUCUUUGGCUCAGGUAGUACCUCAGCUGCUCAGUAGAUGGAGCAGGGUUUAGGUUGUUGUCAAAAUGUCUCAAGACUGACUAGAAGAUCAACUGUUGGGCCCUCAGUGCUCUGGGUGUAUUGUUGGUCUCUUAGCUGUCAUCACUGUCAUAUGUCGAGCUGCUGUUUGUAAUAACUGUCAACGCUGAGUAGAUCGAUCUCCACAGGAGGGAGUUUCAACAACAUUCCACUUAAGGCUCAACUAUACUCAUUUUAGGUCCUACAGUUGAUAAGUCCAUUUCAAACACUGUGACUGUCACUGCCCACAUACUGCCAUGCCUCCUUUACGUUGGCAUGGACACAUCCACUAGACACUGACUAAAGGGAACUGGAGGACAGCGGUCUCACGUGGACCUCCACUUUUCCUUUGCUACCUUCCAAUUCACAUCUAAUUUCCAUCCAAUCUCCUCCCAGCUGUUCCGCAGUAACUGUUUGUCCCUGUGUCCAACAAAGUAACAUCAUGUCUAAAUGUUUAAAGGAAUACUUUGACCCCCAAAUUACCUUUCGUAUAUCAGUUACUUACUUACCCCGUGUUACAUUUAAUUCGUAAAGAAAACUUGUUCUUCCAUACCUUCACAGUGAAUAUAAUAAGGAAUCCAAAAAAAAGAAGAAAAAAAAAAGAAAAUCUUGAUUAAUUAAAGUUAUAGGGAUCCACGUUUAACAAAAGCAAAACUAUAUCAAAACAUCUGUUUAAAAACUCACAUUACUCAUACAGUAUCAUCCAAGUCUCAUUUGUCCAGUCACAUGCUCAGUGCUUUCCAGACAGAUGAUGCUUUCCGCCAGGAAAGUGAAUGGAAAAUUGAAACUUAAUCUAUGUUAAGCAGUAUCUUUACCACGACAACAUGAGUUGCUGGCCAACCGUUGCCUUGGUCAGUUAAUUUGUCUGUGUUAUUGUGUGACUUUGGUGUUUUAAAGGGCGAGUUAGGACUCAAAGUCACACAGUGACAUAAACAAACUUCCGAUCGAGGCAGUGGUAGACCAGCAGCUCCUGUGUUUAGCAAGGUAAAAUGACUUUGGCACAAUCCCAAUACCCCCUCUUGUCCACUACCCCUUAGCCCUUGGCCCUACCCGUCGCCCUUGCCCACUACCCCUUGGCCCUCAAAUGAAGCAACGAGAGGUAGGGGUUGGAAUCUUUCCCUAGGAAUUGGGACACCACUCACUACGUCACCGCGUCGGUUACGUUCACACAUACGUAACUAUUUUAAACAGGAAGCUGCGAGCCAUCUACAUUUCCAACCGGCAUCUACAAUGGAGUCUCCAGUUGAGUUCAUCCUACCGAUCACGUUUGCUGUAUUCAUCAUGCUUCGUUUGAUGACCCGACAGACGACGGGGACUUCUGCUAGCUAGCUAGCUAACCAGCUAACAUUACGAGGCAGCAUAGUUAAACUAGCUGGCGUGUUAUCGUAAUGUGAAAAAUCCGACAAUUUUGCAGAACAGGACAGAUGACAGACGCCAGAUAGUGCGAGCUAGCUAGCUAGCUAACAAGCAACCUGACGACGGUAACGUUAGCAAUGUAUGAACUUUUUCCCCCGUCUCUUGCUCGGUGGUAGCCAUGGCGACGUCUACCCCUCGCUGGCAAGUCAGCAACUGAAAUCCCUCGCUCCGAAGGGCUAGUUUCAUACCCACUACCCCUCGUUAUGCCCCCUACCCCUACACGCAAAAAGGAAUUGGGACACCCCUACCCCUCGCGGGAACACGCAAAUCUAGGGGUAUGGCUAAGGGGGGGGUAUUGGGACGGGCCCUUUGUCAAUGGAGUCUGGCUUUGAAGUGAGCGUAGAUAAGUUUCACUUUCUGCCCAGCUUCCUUUCACAGAGGGCGAUCUGUUUGGGAGGUACUGAGCAUACGACUGGAUAAAUGAGACUUGGAUUGUAAUGCACGAGUUGUAUAAAAGGUUUUCAAACUGAUUGAUAUUGAUAUACUUUGCUUGUCAUUAAACGCAGUUGUGGGUGAAUUCAGUUUAAGAAUUUUCUCAGUUUUUGAAUUCUUCAAUCACCGUAGGCUUGUGGAUACAAACAGUUUCCUUUACGAAUUCAACGUAAUACGAGGUGAUUAAUUCAUGUAUAAAUGAUCAUUUGGAGGGUGAAGUUUUCCUUUAACAUUUCUGACCAACUUGCAUAAUUGCUAAAAAAGUUCUGCCAUUUUUAAAAUGUCUUCGUCUUGUUCUGUGCUUGUGUCGCCCUUUAACUACUGGCUACACUGCCCCCACGAUUUUUUGUAGUACUGCUUCAUUUCAUCUGCACUGUAAGCUUUCAUAAAACAUGCUCAAAUAUGGAGAACAUGAAUUCAGAGUACGGACAGAAGUCUGUGUCUGUAUACCUCUCUAAUGUUGAACAUUAAUGAGCCUUAAUGGAUACACUCAUUGUUACCUGACAAAACUGUUCACUCACAUAAACACCAUUAUUUGAGAUUAGGUUAUUUUUGGACUCCAGUGCCACGUAACUGACAAGGUUAAAGAGCUUGUACAGUUUGGCAUCUGUAAAACAGGAUUCUUUUUUUUUUUGCUGUUCAUUUCCCUGAAAUGACUAAUAGAGAGGGUCAUGGAAAGCUGACCUGAGCUGAGCUGAGGGAGUGUGUUUGUUGAUGCUUCACUGUUGUGCGAGUGCAUGUGUGGGGGACGUUGCCUGCAGUUGUUUUGAUUUUUGCUGUUUCUGUGAUGUGGUCAUUAGCUUAGCUUGGAUGUUAGGAAUUACCAGGGAUUGUGAAAGAACAGUUUAUAAUACUGUAUGUGGCUUUAAUACUUGUUGUUAGUGAGUUACUACUCUAAGUUGUGAAUAAAAAGUCAGCUUACUUAGGUUUCACUCACUUUUAUGAUUAAAGUAUCCAUCAAACAAUACCAUAAAAUUAUUACAAUCGUGAAAUAUAUAUAGAUCUGUGGCAGAGAAAAUAAGUCAUGCUGCGGCCUUGAAUUCAAUAUGGGUUCAAUGUAAGUAAAAAAACACAAAGGAUUUCUGAGCUACUUCCUGAUGACUGUGUUUCUAAACAAACAGCCAUUAAACGUAAUUCUUUUUGACUAUGGUACAUGUGAGGCUAAUU